GGCAUUUAUUUAGGCAUAUGUGGAUAUGGCCAUUUCACAGUUAGACCAUUAUUGAUGCUGGUGCGGACAUUUUUACAAAGCAGACUACUUUAGGAAAUAGGCACACAUAUUUGAUUUGCAUAUAUAUAUGCUCGUCGAUUUCGUAGCAGGCUAGUUAUCUCCGCUUGAUUUCUCCAUGGCCCACGCAGCCGUAUCUGCACUGGAUUUGGGGAGCGAGAAACAGUUGUUACAGUUUUUUCCCGAACCUGUCCGACUUCACCUGCUCUACAAGGCGCCCCACCGUGGAUUUAAGAUGAGCGAUUUGAUUUCUAAAUUCGAUCAAGAGGGAAGAUUCGUCGUAAUCGUUUAUUUGGAAUCAGGCACGAUGAAGGGGGGAUAUAUGAGUAAACGACCUGGGUUUUAUUGCCAAGAGGACAAAGGGGCAUUUGUCUUCGAAAUAGACCAUCAAAAAGCAAACGUCUUUCCUGUCGUGAAGCACGAUAAUUCGAUCAUUUUUAAUAGAGAAAAAAUAGGCUUUGGGGAUUGCCUAAACAUUUACAGCAAUAAGGACAAAACACUCUGUGUUGAUGUGGGGUUCGAUGAUACCUACACACCCACCGGUUGGAGUGACGAGUUUGAGGUGCCCUUCAUGGAUGUGGAGUUGCAUCGCAUUCAAAGUCUUGGAGAUGUGCUGCUGAACGCUUGGAGGGAGCUGUCGUGGACUGAGAAAGAGAGGGGGUCACUGAGGAAGAAUCUGGUCUCCUUCAAACCGGCCAGCCAGUCUCUGAACCAAGUCAGGGUUCUGCUGAUGGGUCCUCCUGGGUCAGGAAAAUCCAGCUUCAUCAACUCUGUCAGAUCUGUGAUGUUCGGAAGAGUCCUUCUCCUGCCUUUUAUUGGGACUGCAACAAAGGGCUUCAUCAAGAAGCUGAAGUCAUAUGACAUCCGGUCAGAGAGAGGGGGGAAGCCCACAGCUCUGACCCUGUGUGAUGUGUUGGCUCUGGGGGACGGUGAGACGACUGGCCUGACCCUCCCAGACGCACUGGCUGUCAUCAACGGGCACGCCCCCGAGGGACACAAGUUUCAAAGUGAUGCGCCCAUCAAAGCUGAGACUUCAGGUUACAGACCUAAUCCAUCAGUAAAUGACCAAAUCCAUUGUGCGGUGUUCGUUCUGAAUGCCUGCCAAGUCAUGUCCACCAGUGAUGACCUUACAGAGACACUGAGGACACUUCAAGCUGAGAUCUCAGACCUAGACAUCCCCCAGGUGGUUCUGUUGACCCAUGUGGACCAGGUGUGUCAUGCCGUCCAAGAGGAUGUGAAGUUUGUCUACUCCAGCCGGAUCCUACAGGAGAAGAUGCAGAAAGCAGCAGAGGUGGUGGGUUUGCCAGUGUCCUAUGUGUUUCCAGUGAAGAACUACUCCAGUGAACUGUCUGUGAGCUGCAACACUGACAUCCUGCUGCUGAGUGCAGUUCAUCACAUUCUCCAAGCUGUUGAUGACACAUUUGAGGAUUACUGCCCUCCAACCCCUGCAGAUGCCAGUCCAGUGACUGUUUAAUCUUUGAUAAGUAACUGGGUAAAAGGUGUCGUGCUGUAAUGCAUGUGUCAUUAGCAGUGUUGGGAGUAGUUACUUGAAAAAGUAAUAUUACAUAAUAUUACAUGAAAGUAAUGCGUUAUAUUACUUUGUGUUGCUUUCAUGAAAAUAAAUCUCAAAACCUCA